UCAACAUCGCGCAGUUGCGAAUAUUUGCCAAUUCCAUGGCAUCGAAACGUCCGGCAUGGCUGAAGAAAGAAGCAAUGGAUACACGCCUCCUGCGUUCAGCUCCACGGACGAAGCAACCCCAAGUACAAGCCGUGACAACACCCAGGGUGCUUCAUCAACUUUGGGUGCCUACAGAACGAUUUCUGAUGGCCCUUGCCCUUACCAGUGGAACACGCAGCGCGGGCCAAUACGCGACGGGACUUACAGCGUCGAUGGUGCCUCUGACAAUGGAAGGACUGGUUCCCUGCUUCAGAGGUCUAGCACCAGUAUCGAUAACGCAAGGCCCAGCACGAGCCGUGCUGGCAUGGCGGAAGCACCAGCCCUCUUAGAAGACGGCGCCAGAUUUUCUGAGAUCACCGAGGUUGGCCAAUUGAACACGCAGUACCACCCGGCUGAAGGCACAUCCACCGUCUACGGGCAUACAGACAAGACGGGAAACGGGAGCACCGGUUACCCACUUCCGGUGUACUGCAGCCGCGUCGACUACGCAGUGCCCAGUACAAGCCACAUGGCUAUGGAGGAAGCAUCGGGCAUUUUGGGAAACGAUGCUUGGUGA